GAAAGCCGUAAACGGGUCGCGCAGACUUUGUUUUGGAAAAAGGUUCUCGAAAGUAGGCUUAAUCCACGUGCUGUUUACGUUAAAACAUCAUGUUGUAUUAACAAACAGCGCUGAUGAAAACAUCAACAUUGUAAUAAUGAUAUAAAAUUCGCGGGAUAUUUUGGGGCAUGGUGUAUAUGGAUCCACCUGGAGUAACCAUGGUAUCUAAUCCAAAUUUUGGCGUAUUCUCCAACAAUAACUACCUUGGAAAUGUGAAUCAAGCAGCUGGGGCACAGCACCCUGUAUCAGAGUCAUACUCACCCUUUCAGUACUAUAACCAGCAGGCGAGGCUGCCCAUUCCUACCCCCAUCCCAGGGCUACCAAUUCCUUUGGAUUCUGGAGCCAGUCCAUAUUCCUACAAUCAGUCUUUACCCAACCCCCAGGAUCCACAACAAAUUAACGCCUGUCUUGGUAACCCUUUCAACAUUGGCACACCUUCCAACAUCCUCACUGGAAACUCAACUCAAGAAAUGUCUCGCCCACAGAUCCCACCAACAGGAGUGUUGCCUUACCCUCAGGGCCCAUCUGUUGGGGCAGUGCCCCACCUCCAGGCUCUCCCCACACAGACUUUACCAGUAGGGGUGGGGGUUAACCCUUAUCCUGGAGGUUUUACUUUCAACGUUCCAACUCAAUCUAGUCCUAUCACAGGUAUUCCCACUCAGUCGUUUCAAUCUCGGGGCAUCGCAAAUUGUCACGCCCCAGGGCUAGGGGCUGCGUGGCAACAUGCUGUACCACCACAAAUGCCUUGGGGGGACGGCUUGAAAAUGUCUCUAACAACAUUUACUGGUGAACAGCUGACCAGACCUGGGAUUAUGUCACUAACUCAAAGUGUGGCUCCGUCUAGACAGAAUGUUGAUAACCACACAAGAACAACAAGGGAUAUCCGGAGCUCCUUGAUGUCAGUGCGGGAAUCAUCACCAAGACUCAAAAUAACCUCAGAGCCCUUGGUGAAGUCUGCUUGCAGUGUGCCACACAGGAAACUCAAAAGACAAGCACCCAAAGAAGAAGGAUCUGAUUCAGAACCACUUUGUUUAGAUAAAAAAGUAUUCAUCAGUGAGAAAAAGAUGAUGCAGAGUAUGAAGGAACUAUCACUGUACCCUUCCAGUCAUCAACCUCCUUCCCUCCCUUCCACCUGUAGGGCAUCUGAAAUCCCUAUGACCUCUGACAGAGCUGAAGGAUUACGACACUUCAAGGAAAUUGAAGACAGACUUAUACUGGACUCUGAUGAUGAUGCAGAAGAUUCUGAACCUGAGUCAUCACAAGGACCAAAACUGGAGAUUUUAGACAGUUUCUCCCAGGGCAUCCUAAAGACUAGCUCAUUGUUGCCACAGAAACUGCUUGAAGACAUCAC